AUGUCACUUUUAGAGUUGCGUGAUUGUAGUAAGCAUUUUUUAUUCCACAUACGCUUUUGAUCUUUUAAUUUUAAUUAUUUGGGUGCCUAUUGCCUUUUAAAUUGUUGAAAAAAUAGGCAUCCAGCUCCCAAAUACGAGAUGAAGAGAAGUUAUGAUUCCAUGAAUUCAUCCAUUGAAAUAAGUUCAUAUCGAGAUCAGCAUUUUAAGGGUUCUAGAAGUGAACAAGAAAAGUUAUUGAAGGGCUCAGCUACACUAUAUAUAGGAAAUUUAUCGUUUUAUACAACAGAAGAACAGAUUUAUGAAUUGUUCUCGCGCUGUGGAGACAUACGGCGGGUUAUAAUGGGUCUAGAUAAAUAUAAAAAAACACCUUGUGGCUUUUGUUUUGUUGAAUAUUAUGCUAGGCCGGAUGCUGAAAAUUGUAUGAGGUAUAUAAAUGGUACUAGAUUGGAUGAUAGGAUUAUUAGAUGUGAUUGGGAUGCUGGAUUUAUUGAAGGGAGGCAAUAUGGAAGAGGCAAAACUGGUGGACAGGUUCGUGAUGAAUACCGUUCUGAUUACGAUGGCGGCCGUGGUGGCUAUGGAAAAAUAAUUGCACAGAAGAUAACUCCGAACACAUUGGAGCGCUGAUCAUAAAGUUGUGUCCUAUAUCAACAUUUAUAUGAAGAAUUCGGGACUGUUGUUGUGAAAGACUUUGUCUAUUGUUGGUAAUAAGCGUUCAAUCAAUUGAAUCUUAAUACAAUAGAAAUCAUCUUGUAAUGGUACCAAUAUUUUUAAUUGUAAGUAAAUUAACUAUGACCACUGAAA